AUGUCUGCUACAUUAGUAAAUCGUUCGUUGAAAAAUAUAAGGAACGAGCUAGAGUUUUUGAGGGAAUCGAAUGUCAUAUCAGGUGAUAUCUUCGAUUUGAUCAACAGCAAGUUGCCCGAGAAAUGGAAUGAUAACACAAGAUCACCCAACAAUGCAGACACAGAAGAAUAUGUUGAAGCUUUAUAUGAUUUUGAAGCUCAACAAGAUGGAGAUCUAUCGUUGAAAACAGGUGAUAAAAUACAAGUUCUAGAGAAAAUCUCUCCUGAUUGGUAUAAAGGGAAAGCGAAUAAUAGGGUCGGUAUAUUUCCUGCAAACUACGUAAAACCUGCAUUCACAAGGUCAGUCUUAACUAAACCUGAGGAAGGUGAUUUGAGCUCCAAAGUUUCUCGUCCCAGCGUUCCACCCCCAUCGUAUGAACCGGCUGUCUCGCAAUACCCUCCUCAGCAGACACCAGCUUCUUAUGCUCCUCCAUUAGGUUAUAUGCAAGCGCCACCUCCACAACAACAGCAAGCGCCUUUACCAUUUCCCCCUUCUUUCACCAAUUAUUACCAACAACCACAGCAACAAUACGUCCCACCUCCACAACAGGCACAGGUGGAAGCACAACCACAACAAAGUAGCGCAGCUAGUAGUGCAUUUAAGAGUUUUGGCAGUAAAUUGGGAAAUGCUGCUAUAUUUGGUGCCGGUUCUGCAAUUGGUAGUGACAUUGUCAAUAGCAUUUUUUAA